UAAUACACAUAAGGAGGUCAAAGGAAAAAAACUAUUUUUAAAUUUAUAUUUAAUUAUUUAUUGGUUGAAAUAGCGAUAAGAAAUACGAAACAAUGUAACGGAUGCUUUGUUUUUAAAAUCAUGUCUUAAUUCUGCUACAAAGAUUUUGUAACAAAGUGCAUCUUAAAUUUGUAUUCUAAAUAAUGUGCAGUUUACCUACCUACUUAAUUUUAAUAAUGAGUUUACCUAUCUAAAUCUCAUCCGAUAAGAAAAAUAAAUAAAAAAUGUGUAGUGUUUUUAAAUAAAAUUAAAAAAGUAUUGUUUUUAAAAUCAAAAUGGAAUUUUUAAUAGGCGGUUCGGCCGCAGUGUGUGCCGGUUUUUUUACGAACCCCCUUGAAGUGCUAAAAACGCGAAUGCAACUGCAAGGCGAGCUACGGGCAAAAGGUCAACACGCUGUGCAUUAUCGAAAUGUGGUGCACGCGGGAUACACGGUGGCCAAAAAUGACGGGAUACUGGCAUUGCAAAAAGGACUCAGCCCGGCCCUUUGGGUUCAAUUGGUCAUGAAUGGUCUAAGAUUAGCAAUAUUGCUGCACAGUUAUUGUCAACAGGUACUUUUCAAUUUGCUGAGUCAAGAGGCUACAUGCAAGACAAAAAUGGCCAAAAAGUGUUUUACAAACAAGUUCUUUUUGGCGGAAUCGGGGGGGGUAUUAGGACAAUUCUUAGCCAGUCCCUUGUUCUUAAUAAAAACUCACUUACAAUCCAAAGCGGUAGCGGCAAUUGCAGUAGGACAUCAACACGAACACACUGGAUUAUUUGGAGCUUUAUCGAAUAUUUACAGAAAAAACGGGGUAAAAGGAUUAUUUAGAGGUGCAGGAGCUUCAAUACCAAGAGCAUUCGUUGGUUCAACUUCUCAAUUACUGUCCUUCGACUACGCAAAAGCCUAUUUAGACAAUUACGAAUAUUUUAGCGGAAGACCUCUUUUGAAAUCCUUUUUGGGAAGUAUGGUGGGCGGAGUUGCUAUCAGUGUGAUGAUGACCCCCUUUGAUCUAAUUUUAACUAGAUUAUAUAACCAACCAAUUGGUGAAAAUGGCAAAGGAAAACUGUACAUAAGUUAUAUGGAUUGUGUAUCAAAAAUUUAUCGAUCUGAGGGGAUAAGUGCCUUUUAUAAAGGAGUGGGGCCCAUGUAUUUGAGGUUAGGACCGCACACUGUUUUGUGUUUGGUUUUUUGGGAUAUAUUAAAGGAUUUUCAUGAAAAAUAUACAGUUAAUGUCAAUUCAGAUAUAAUAGAGAAGACUAUAAAUUAAAUUUUACCUACCUUUUAAUUAAAUUGUGAUUUACAUUGUUACCUAUAUUUUUGUAUUAUUAAAAGUUGUAAAAUAAAUA